AUGGAAGAUAAACUAUGUGAGACCAAGGCUAUAUGUGAAAUACAGUCAAAUAAUAUUGAUUUUCCUGGUGGUAAAAUGAAGGAGAAAGAAAAGCCAUUACACCACUGUGACAUCUGUAAAAAAUCAUUCACAACCAAAAGUAACUUAACUACUCAUAAACUUAUUCAUACAGGAGAGAAAAAAUAUAACUGUAAUAUAUGCAAAAAUGGUAACUUAAGUAAACACAAAGUUAUUCAUUCAGAAGAGAAGUUACAUCAUUGUGAUAUCUGUGGUAAAUCAUUCUUUAGAAGAAAUAAUGUAACUAGACACAAAUAUAUUCAUAUGAGAGAGAAGCCACACCACUGUGAUAUCUGUGGUAAGUCAUUCUCUGAAAAAAGUUCCUUAAACAUACACAAAUGUAUUCAUACAGGAGAUAAACGAUACCAGUGUGAUGUCUGUCACAAGUCGUUCACUCAGAAAUGUAACCUAACCACUCACAAACGUAUUCAUUACAAGAGAGAAUCUACACCCCUGUGA